AUGGAGGAUUUGGGGUUUGGUUUUUGUGAGUUCAAGUUUUGGAUCCGAGACCUCCACAAGCCCUUCUCCUCCUACUGCGGCACCAGCGGCGCGCUGAGCAGUUUGGACUUCGGCCAGCUCUUUGCAGGUGACACGGGCACGAGCCAGACGACGUGCAAGUUCGCGCCACUGAUCCAGUUCGGUGCUUUCGUGGAUACAGCGAUCGUGCGAUCCAAAACUACCACCAACUGGCCGGAUUGGCACCACCUCCUCGCCGAGAACUACGUUGAAUGUGCGUCGGGUGAAGCCUUGACUGCCUUCAAGUUGGACGCUGCCAAGAACAUCUACAAGUACGAGUGCAGCAAGAUCGGUGGACUGGGCUCUUGCUUUGACUACUACAGCGCCCAAGUGGAGAUUCCCAGCUUUAGCCAGUCGAUCCACCACUGGGCCAAGCCCAUUCGCAUGAUGCCCGUGAGCUGCGGGCAGAAUGCCGUGCUGGGUAGCUUCCACUUCGAGUUCUCAGAGGGCGGCAAGUGGGGUCGAGUGCGCUACCAGUGCUGCAAAGCCGGCGGGGCGCCCGUGAGUUUCGAUCCAAGGGGACAGCUGCCCGAGCUGGUGGGUGGCCUGGGCCUAACUUUAGAAAAGGGUGGAGGGUUAGGGUUUAAUAGGAUUUAG